UUCGUGGACGCCGGGUGUGCGAGAGCAUCCGGGAACGCUGGGCGGGAGGGGACUGAGAAGACCUAGCCUAGGUUCUGUGGAUUUGGACCUCCGCAUUUCUAACCCAAGAUCUCGAAAUGCAUCGUGAUUCCUGUCCAUUGGACUGUAAAGUUUAUGUAGGUAAUCUUGGAAACAAUGGUAACAAGACUGAAUUGGAACGAGCUUUUGGCUAUUAUGGACCACUCCGAAGUGUGUGGGUUGCUAGAAACCCUCCCGGCUUUGCUUUUGUUGAAUUUGAAGAUCCCCGAGAUGCAGCUGAUGCUGUUCGAGAGCUAGAUGGGAGAACACUGUGUGGCUGCCGAGUAAGAGUGGAACUAUCGAAUAGUGAAAAGAGAAGUCGUAAUCGUGGCCCACCUCCUUCUUGGGGUCGUCGCCCUCAAGAUGAUUAUCGGAGGAGGAGUCCUCCACCUCGACGCAGAUCUCCAAGACGGAGAAGCUUCUCCCGCAGCCGGAGCAGGUCCCUUUCUAGAGAUAGGAGAAGAGAGAGAUCACUGUCCCGGGAGAGAAAUCACAAGCCGUCCCGAUCUUUCUCUAGGUCUCGUAGCCGAUCUAGGUCAAAUGAAAGGAAGUAGAAGACAAGUUUGCAAGAGGAGUGGUGUACAGGAAAUAACUUCAUUUGACAGGAGUAUGUACAGAAAAUUCAAGUUUUGUUUGAGACUUCAUAAGCUUGGUGCAUUUUUAAAAUGUUUUAGCUGUUCACAUUUGUUUGUCUGUUGGAACAGUGACACAAAGGUGUAAUUCUCUAUGGUUUGAAAUGGAUCAUAUGGGGCAUGUAAUAUCAAGAAUUGUUACUUUACAAUGUUCCCUUAAGCAAAAUUUAAUUUGCUUUGAAUUUUUGUCUUGCAUAGGCUGAUAAUAAACCUCUUAACUCCUGCCCA